AUGAGUAACUACGGUAAAGCAUCUGAGUCUACGGGGUUUUUCUCUAAGAUAAGGGAAAACUAUAGUAAUAAGUUUUCAAACCUUUCUUUAACGGCGAGUCAUCCAGAGAAAGAUGGAAAUACAGAAGAUGAUACUUUAAUUCAUAAAGCAUUUGUGAGAUACUUUGACGAGAAAAGGGAACCUUAUCCUGACUGGUUGGGAGUUAAAGUUCCAGACCAACCCCAGACCAAUGGAAGAAGGCAGGACCGUUUUUCUGAGGUCACUUCAGAAUUUCAACCUAUCUAUCACAAUAAUCAGUUCAAUAGCAACUACAAUCAACCGCACACAAGACGUUCUUUACCAGAAAGAAGCCAAAGUUUCGAUAUCAAUGAACAAAAUCAGGGGAACACACAGCUGUCACCGCUGCGACCAUCCUACCAACCCAGGUCUUCGAGCCGCUUACAAGAUUUAUAUAAUAAGUCAAGACAGCAGUCAAUACCAGGUUCUGGAUAUAAUACGCAGCCAUAUCAACCCUCUCCUGCCAGAAGUAACAGCUAUUCCACAACGGGAUCUAGGUUGAGAGAGAGACUUCUUAAUAACCCAACUCAGUUUACACAGACAUCGUCCAGUUCAUCAGCAGGGUCUAACGGGGCAUCCAAAGCUACGUGGGGUAAGAAAUGA